AUGAUUUACAAAGAUCGAUUAACUCCUCCGCCGAAUUGGCCACCAUUAGUUCGCUAUCCGAAUUAUUAUUAUCCCGAUCGUCGUUUAAGUAUUCUUUGGUUUCUUAUAUUUGCUGCACUUGCAUUAGUAUUAAGUGUUAUUGCAUUAAUUAUUGUUUUUGCUGUUGAAUCGGCUUGGUUUCAUGAUAAUUUCGAAAAUUCCUUAGUAAAUUACGGUCUGUGGCGGUUAUGCUUCUUCGGUAAUGGUACUUGUGCAAGUUGGUUCUCAGCGGAUGGAACAGUUGGCGCUCGUGUUGAUCGACGUCUUAGUCAAUCGAAAGCGGGUAUCAACGCAUGGCAAGCGCUGGAGAUUAUUUUUCUAUUUCUUAUCACAGCAACAUUGAUUAUCACCAUCGCUUCGAUCAUAUGCUUUCGUGUAAGAAGUAGUCUUCAUUAUUAUUUAGCUAUUCUUGCGGUCUUUUGUGUUUGGCCUGCAGCAACUGUUGGUGUGUCUGUAUUAUUUGUGUUCGGUUUUGCUGUAUAUAAUGUUUCGACACAACCACGAGAAUUAGACUGGUGUUUCUAUGUGAAUCUAGUAGCUGUGAUUCUUGCCGUUAUUGCAGCGAUACUUCUAUCAAUUUAUGAUGCACUUCUGAAAAAACCGAUUAAAAAUAUCGAUGAUGAGACAGUUGUUGAAACAUUCGCCGAUAUCAAUGCUUACCCAGCAGCUUUAAGUCCAUCAACAUUUGUUGUUGUGAGACGUAAUAAACGUAAUCGGCAUAAACCUUAUAGUUAUUCUCAAACACUUCAUCCGAACUAUUACCUUCCAACAACCACGAAUCGAGUGAUCACAAGUGAACAAAAUAAUCAAAUGCUCACACCUUACACCUCGAUUACUACACAUGAAACAAAUUCCAAUCUACAACGUACACCAUCGAUUCCGAAUCGAACUGUUGAAUAUCGUACGAAUAUAUACCCAUCGUCCUCGUCAACCACAGUCACUCAUCCACCUUCCAUCCCAAUAUCGACUCAAUUUUAUCGACCACCAUCGACAAGUUAUCAAUACCAAACACAAUCAUUUCCGAUCCAAGGCGAGACAAUCAACCGUACCGUAGGUUCCAAUUCCGAACUGAAUAAUGACUACAAUCAGCAUGACUUUUACAAUCCGAUUCGAACAAAUAUUAUUGAGCAAAAAUCUGAACCACGUGUCUUACACUACUAUACAGGUUAUGAUUAUUUUGCGACAGUAGACCCCGUGGAUGCUGUUGCAACAAGACGACAUCAUGGUCCUUCGACGGUAAGACCUGGGACGGCAAUCAGAUAUCCUUCCAAUCGUUCCUAUCAUUCAAGUGAUUACAUAAAGAGUUCAAUGUAA